AUGGGGCGCCUGACGGAGGCGGCGGCGGCAGCGGGCGGCGGCGCUUUAGCGGCGCGCUCGGCAGCCCCUCCCGCUCCCCUGCCCCUCUCGUCCACGUCCCCCGGCUGCGCGGCCACCAUGGCGUCCAGCGAGGAGGACGGCACCAACGGCGGCGCCUCGGAGGCCAGCGAGGAGAGGGAGGCCGCGGGCAAGAGGAGGCGCCGGGGCUUGCUGGCCACCGCUUGGCUCACCUUCUACAACAUCGCCAUGACCGCGGGGUGGCUGGUACUAGCUAUUGCCAUGGUACGUUUUUAUAUGGAAAAAGGAACACACAAAGGUUUAUAUAGAAGUAUUCAGAAGACACUUAAAUUUUUCCAGACAUUUGCCUUGCUUGAGAUAGUCCACUGUUUAAUUGGAAUUGUGCCUACUUCUGUGCUUGUGGCUGGGGUCCAAGUGAGUUCAAGAAUCUUUAUGGUGUGGCUCGUUACUCACAGUAUAAAACCAAUCCAGAAUGAGGAGAGUGUGGUGCUUUUUCUGGUCGCGUGGACGGUGACAGAGAUCACUCGCUAUUCCUUCUACACAUUCAGUCUUCUUGACCACUUGCCAUACUUCGUUAAAUGGGCCAGAUAUAAUUUUUUUAUCAUCUUAUAUCCUGUUGGAGUUGCUGGUGAACUUCUUACAAUAUACGCUGCCUUACCAUAUGUGAAGAAAACAGGAAUGUUCUCAAUAAGACUUCCCAAUAAAUACAAUGUCUCUUUUGACUACUAUUAUUUUCUUCUUAUAACCAUGGCCUCGUAUAUACCAUUGUUCCCACAACUCUACUUUCAUAUGUUACGUCAGAGAAGAAAGGUGCUUCACGGAGAGGUGAUUGUCGAAAAGGAUGAUUAAAUGAUCCCUACAACAAGGUGCCUUUUCCAGAAUAACCAGGAUUACUUGAGUCCAAGUUUUAAUAAUAAGAAUAAACAGCCUCAUGAAAGAUCGCGGAUUGUGUUAUUUCUUCAACUAUAACUUGGGACAUGCGGUAUUUGCCAAUAUUUGCCUUCAGAUUGUGCCAGGUCCGUUUUCUCCAAGAACUAUGCAAGUGUUUAUUAUCAACUCCUGGGUCGGUGAUGAUCAUAAAAACAAAUAAUUGGGUGUAUUACCUGGAAAAACAACUUUUGUUAGUUUUUAAACUAAAAAUAAGUGUUACUAAAUUUUUUUUGCAACAUAUGUUCAAAGCUUUUGAAAUCAAUAUUUAGAAAUUAGUUUAAUGAUUUAAUAUUAUGAUGCCUGCCAGUGAUAUUUAUAAAUGAAACUAAAUAUAGAAUUAUAAUAACUGUUAAUAAUGUAUUAGCAUUUCUUGAACCCAAGGUCUAUUUCUCUUAAGUUAUAAGGUAGCAUUUUUGAUUAAUAACAAUUUUUGGAAACAUAGACAUAGUUUGCUAUGGUAAAUCUUUUGAUCUAGAUAAAGUAGUCAUAUAAAAAGCCCAAAAUAUUCAAGUAUGUGUCACAGUUGGAAAAUAUUCUUUGGAAAUAUGUUUAGGCCACUGAAAUUAUACUCCUAAGCAAGUUUAUUUUUAUUUGAAUUAACUACUCAAGGUCAAGCUUUUCAAUUGUAAGGAUUUUAAGGGAUUAGAAAGAAUGUAUGUACAUACUUGGCCUCACUUGUAAGAAAACAUAGUAACAUUGAAUCUGAUGGUAACACUGUGUCUGUUACAUUCAGAACUCUGGCUGAAAAAGGCUGCUCUAUACCGUGGAAUCAUCUAAUAAAAAAUCAUCUUGUGACAA